AUGGCAACAUUCCACUUCUUCCCAUCCUUAAAAAAAAAAAGGUGUAUAUGUUGGAUAUGCCUAGAAGAAUCCACGUAUGAUACCACAUGGCUGCUGCACACAUGCGGUUGCAACCUACAAAUACAUAAACGCUGCUACAUUAAGUGGCUAUACCAAAUGCAUGUUGAGCUUUUCCUUUCAGACCCAACUAAUUCGCCGAAGGGUGCCGAUCUACCCAUCAUAACCAGUCUUAAGUGCCUAGUUGAUGGGCAUCAUGAUUUUAUGACUACUUUCUCAUUGACUGAAAUAUGGGACACACGACCUAUUUGGGGGCAGAAAUCAGUACCCUUUCAAAACGAUUACAUGCUUAAUCUGAUGUCUCUUUAUACUAAAAGAAAUAAUCAUCCACCUUAUGUUUUGCUUAAAUUUGGCGAGUGUCCCCAAUGUAAGAAGACGAGUUUCAUAAAGAGACCCACAGUAACCAUACAUUCUCUUAUAUUAUCGUUAUUUUAUCAAUGGCAAAGAAUUACACGGUACGUAAUCCCGUUAGGCGUCACUGGUUCAUUUCUGUUAAAUCCUGAAAAGACGAGUUUUGACGUUGGACUAUGGCAGUUACGUUGCCUGUUUCCUGAAAAGGUUUUAAGAAAUAUGUUGAAUAUAAGUACCACAAAGGCGUUGGACGUUUAUGCGCAAACUGAACGUGGCUUGCUAAGCAUUCCACUGACUUCUUCAGUAAUAAUAUAUGGAUUCUUGCAUUACUUAAGUAAUAUUUCUAAUGUGAGUGCUAAUGCAAUACUAUUCAAAUGGAUAUACCUCAAUAUCGUCAAAGCCGCCGGAAACAAAUACUACAAGGGGAUAGGUUUACCCAAGAUAAUACUCUAUUCGAAUUUGGCCACAUUUUGUUAUAAUUUUACCUUUAAGAGAUUCCUCGACCUAAUGUACAAAAGAUUGAUCCGUAAAGGUUCCGAAAAUUUAUACCAUGGAGACUUUGAAAAUGCUAACCAUGUGGUUUCUGUUGAUGAGUUCUUUAUUAAACGCAGUUGGUAUACCGUUUUAGCAGAAAAGAUAUUAUGGCCAUUUGUUGGUAAAUGUACAGGAGGUCUUCUGCUGAACAUUUUUCUUUGGAUACAAAAAAGGUUAAAAAUUGAAUGGUCACCUAAUUGUUCUCCUUCAGAAUUUAGAAUGAUUUUCAAUAUUAUAGGUUGCGGUACUGCAGCCGUCAGCUGGUCGAGUCUGAAGCUCUACGCUAAUUAUAGAAGAUGCCAAGAACUUGAAAAAAUUAACCGUUAUGUUGAAGAAAGUUGCAGUGAAGUUCAAACAGAUUAUUCCUAG